UGCAGUAAUCAGAAAAAUAACUAGAGAAACUUUGUCAUUUGUUUCUUACUUUUCUUAAAGAAUGUCACGGCGUAAACAGACAAAGCCGAGACAUAUCGAAACGGAAUCUGAAAUUGCCUCCUUAAUCCAGAAUGGUUCUGAACUUCCAGCCCUAUCCCCUUCAUCUCCAGUCCGUGUUGAUGCCCAUGUUUGUGGAAAGUGUCGUGAAGAAUUCCUUGAACUUCCUGACUUCAUAGAACAUAAACAACAGUGUUUAAACAGAAAGCCUUGUGUAUUUUUUGACGCUAGUGAAAGUGAAGACUUUUCUGAUAGUGGACUUGACUCAAACUGUAGAGAAUCAAACUUGGACAAUAGUCAAACCUUCCUUGCUGACGCAGGGUCUGACGGAGAAGGAGACAUGGAACAUUUUGAAGAAGAAGAUGAAAACAAUGAAAUUGGUGAUGAUUUUGUAAAUGACAAUGUAGACGAUGAAAAUAAUGUGAUGAUGAAUGAUGAUCAUGAUGCAUCUGAUCAUAGUGACAAUGAUGAGGAUGAUGAUGAGCAUAAGGAUCAUAAUCAAAAUGUUGAUUAUUCUAAAAAAGUCAGACACGAGGCUGAUAUGAAUGCAACAUUGUCUCAGUUAAUGUUUCCAUUCGGACCAGGUUUCCCCAACAUGGAUUCCAAUGUGACAUUAGAACCAUUACUGGCAACCAAAGCUGCAGUGGCCCAGUUUGCAGAAAAUAACAAUUUGCCACCGAAUGAUAUUGCAGUUCUUCAUAGUACGUUGUACAGUCUUCAGCAACAACAGAUUUUACAAUUACAACUGAUUCAGCAGUUACAGACACAGUUGAUGAUGGGAAUACCACCUAAUCUACCCAUGGGACAUUUCCCAUUCCCUAUGUCAAUGGGGUUACCAAUGCUGCCAUCAAGAGAUGACAUGAAUGAUGAUGAUGAUGAUGACAGUGAUGAUCUGGAAAGUGAAAAAGGUGAAGAAGAGAAACAAUUAGAAAAAACAGGUGAAUCUAGGAGUUCUUGUACUACACCAUCACAACCACCUCCUGCUGUAUCUAUGGCAACAUCAACAGAAACAAGUCUGCCAUCAUCAUUGCCAUUACCUGGAAGUAAUUCAACAUCAUCCAAUGGUCCACCAUCAGAAUUUGCCAAACUUACAAAAUUGGUAGAACGGUCCCAGUAUGUUAGUGAGGAUCCUUUCUUUAGACACAAAUGUCGACUUUGUCAUAAAGUGUUUGGCAGUGACAGUGCAUUACAGAUACACAUACGUUCUCACACUGGUGAACGACCAUUUAAGUGCAACAUAUGUGGUAAUAGAUUUACUACAAGAGGAAAUCUUAAAGUCCACUUUGAACGACAUAGAGCCAGAUAUCCGCAUGUCAAGAUGAAUCCUCAUCCAGUUCCAGAACACCUAGAUAAAGUUCCUACACCGUUAAUGAGUACGUCAUUUUCGUCGUCACAUCAUUCAAAACCUGAACCUAGAACUCCAGAAAAAAUGUUUCCGUUUUCAUUACACUCGUCAUCUGCCACCUCAGUGUUCACCAACAGUAUUGUAUCCAAGCUUAACAAUCUCCCUGAAGAAAAGCUGUCGUCUAGUCUAACAUCGAACUCGUCAUCCGAUACGUCGAAAUCAUCAAAACUUGGAGAGUCUAGCACAGAAAAACAAUCGAUUUCUAAAGAAGACCACGAUAUUCCACCGUUGGUUUCAUCCAGCUUGCCACCAAUGAGCAAACCCUCUCCACCACAUCGUACUAUGUCACUACCAAUGCCAUCUAUACCUCAUGUUUCAAUGGCUAGUCCUUAUCCUAUAAUGGCUUCAUUACCAUCAGCUCCACCAUCUCUCAUACCUUCGUCUCCGUUUGGACAUCGUGAUUCCAUUCUGCCAACUAAAAUGAUAGAACAUGAAGAAAGUUUGGAACAGUAUAUGGAAAUUGAUCGAUCUGAGACUUCCAAGUUACAACAGUUAGUUGAUAAUCUUGAAAAUAAAGUAUCCGAUCCUAACCAAUGUGUAAUCUGCCACCGAGUUCUCAGUUGCAAAAGUGCUUUACAGAUGCACUACCGCAUACAUACCGGCGAACGUCCAUUUAAAUGCAAGAUUUGUAGUCGAUCUUUCACAACAAAGGGCAAUCUAAAAACCCAUAUGGGUGUUCAUCGUAUGAAACCACCAAUCAGAAUGAUGCAUCAAUGCCCCAUUUGCCAUAAAAGUUUCACAAAUCUGUUAGUUCUUCAACAACAUAUACGAAGUCAUGCAGGGAUACCGACGAUGCCACCAAUGCCAGAUAUGAAUCAUUUUCAAAUGUACCAUAGUAUGAAUCAACACAUGGUUGACAUGGCAUCGAGAGCUUAUGAUUUAUCAAUGAAAAGAGAACCCGAAAAAGAACUGGAUUUGAGUAAAUCAGCACUUUUUAGCACAGGUAGAAGCGAAGAUCGUAGACGUGAAUUAAACGAAGAUGGGAGUAUUCACGGAGACGAUGGACAUGAUAGCAAUGAUGACUGCAACGAUGAAAAAAUGAACAUAGAUGAUCAUGAUAUGUCUUAUGAGGAAAAGGAAGUCGGUGAAGAAAAACACUUUGAGAUGGACCAACCUUCUGGAGAUUCUGGGACAGCUAGCGAUGGACAACAUAGCGGGACUGAAGAACAAAGAGAAGAAGCUCGGCAAAUUCUAGAACGCCCAGCUUCAGCAUCGUCAUCCUUGUCUCUUGACUCUGGUCGAUCACCAAGUCCAAGAUCUGAGGCACAUUCUCCUCCGUUCUCUGCCACUUCUUCGGCAAUGUAUUCCAGCUUUGCAAAUAUGCAUUCAACACCAAUUUUCUCUACUUCCUUAGCAGCUUUAGAGAACAGCGUAAGAAACAUUAAUAGUUCAAUGAAUGACUCGUCUUUGAGUCGUUUAAAUCAAGCAUAUCUCAUGAACAAUGGAUUUCCUUUGAGAAAUGGUGAUAGACACUCACCUCCACCUACACAUAACGGUCUCAAUACAAGUAUGUCGGAUUCGAGUAGCAUAAGUGGAGAAGGAAGCAAGCCAGGAACACCCGCACUAUCCGUCACCAGUGAUGUAUCAAACAACAGCGGAUAUUUGCUAGGUGGGCUCGAUUUGAGAGGAGAAGCCGGGAAAAGACCUACUACUUGUAAUAUUUGUUUCAAAACAUUUGCAUGUCGAAGUGCCCUAGAAAUACAUUAUCGUAGUCACACGAAAGAACGCCCAUACAGAUGUAAAGUUUGCGACCGAUCUUUUACAACUCGAGGAAAUAUGAAACAGCACAUGUUGACACACAAAAUUCGAGACUUGCCAAAAUCAUUUGACAAUAGUAGUAAUAAUAGUGAACUAGACAAUUCGCUUGAUUCGUGUGACAUUGGUGACAUUGAAAAUCAAUCUUCAGAAGACAUUGCUUCCGAGCAAACUGACAAUAAGCCAAAUGAAAAUGUAAAUAGUAACAAAACAAAUACCGCCGACAACAGUCCGGUCAAAACCUCUCCUUGUCAGGAAAAAGAGGAAGACAAGUCACAGUUUGUUAGAAAUCAGACUCCACUAAAGCAUCAAUGUCGAGUAUGUCAAAAAGGAUUUUCAAGUGCAAGUGCACUUCAGAUUCAUAUCCGUACACAUACUGGUGACAAACCUUUCAAAUGUAACGUAUGUGGGAAAGCAUUUACAACUAAAGGUAAUCUCAAAGUUCAUAUGGGAACACAUAUGUGGAACAACAGUCCAUCACGAAGAGGACGCCGUAUGUCAAUUGAACCUCCCUUUAUGAUGUCUCACAAGGAAAACCCGUAUAUGCCAGGAUUUGCACCAAGAGCACCUGAUUUCUUUCCGUUUCAAUUUCCGCCGUUUAUGAAUGGAGUUCCACCGAAAAUGAAUGAACUAUCAGUAAUCCAGGGCAUGGCCGCUGGAAUGAACCAUAUACCAAUGUCACUUCCAGCAGAUAUGACGUCACCGCAUCAAUUAUCUAAACAUGACAGCAAACCUGAUUCUUGGAGAAAGGACGAAGAACUGAAAAAGGAAUCAAACGGAGAACUUGAUCUUAGCAUGAAAUCUGCAAAUAAAAAGUUUUCACCGUCAAAUGACACUCCUAGUUCAUGGUCGUCAUGGAAAACGUCUUGUCAUCUGUGUGGUCAGAACUUCUUGUCACCUACUGCACUGGACCAUCACAUGCAAACUUUUCACAUGAAAGUCGAUUCACAUAACGUCACAGCUGUCAAAUAAUCGUAGUUCCAGACAAUAUUGCAUUCCGUAACAAAACGUAACACUUGCAAAAGGUAACAAAUAAAGUGACAAUAUAGCAAAGGGCUGUGUUGUGUUGUAGCAGUAUUAAGCAGCUGUUGUUGUUGAAACAGAUCAUUGACUGUUGUUACAACACGUGACUUUGGACAAAAACUGUGGUUGUGAAUUAUAUAUGUUAUUACGUUGAGAACUAUCAUUGGCUCUCUUAAAAUAUGUAUAGGUAUAAAUUUAGCCUUUGAAAUUUUAUCUUACUUGUAUAUAUUUGAUGUAGAUAUUUCUAGUCUUUGAAAAAGUAAUUGAACCUCACACUUUAUACAUCUUUUUAUAUGUAUACUUAAAUUUUUCUUUUUUUUUGAUGAGCGGGACAAAUUCCUUUCUUGCUUUGAAAAGUAGAACAUAUUUAAAUCAUAUUGGACGUAACCUUAUAAUUAUUUCCGAUGCUUGCAUGAUCUCUACGCAAUUUAAAAAGGUGCAUUUACUCCCAAGUUAUUGUGUUCUGUAUAUGUGACACCACAUUUAUUUCCAAGCACAAAAAGUGUUCUUGCCAGAAGUUGUAUUUUCUCAAAACCACCAAAGAUAAGUAGUAAGCUGUAUAUACUAAUUUAAGUUUGCAAUAUCUGUAGGUGUAUAUGUGUUGCUAUUUGUAUAUGUUUAAGAUAAUUUUAUGUUUAUGUAUUUGUUAUGUUUGAGAAUGAGAUCCAUAUAUAAAUUUUUUACAUUUAUUUUCAUUAUGUAUUUUGAGAAGGUGCUUAACUUCAUUUGUUUAUCCCCCAUUCUUCCAUUCAAUAACUUUUUUAUUAUUUAGUAGCUUUCUUCAAUAUUAGUAAAAUUUACUAUUAAAAUAUUCAUCAGUUGCUGUUUAUAAAUACGUAUUCAAAAUUGUUUAUGAACAGAUACAAUACUUUUCAAAGAAUACAAGCAAAGAAAUGAAAGCAGUUGUCUAAAUUUUUGAAAGCGUUUUAUUAAUUUUGAUGAAAUCCUUAUUUGUAUUUCAAAAUGACAAAAAAAUAAAUGAAAUAAUUUUAAUCAUAGAAAUCCAAUGUUUUCCAAAUCGUAUACAUAUCCGCAUGUAAAUUAUCUAAUGUUUUUGCAUUUACAGACACAGAAAUUUACAUCUGUGUUUGGUGUUAAUGAAAAUGUAUUUGUGGCAUGAAAUACACUAUUAUAGUCAUUUUCAUUAUUUUUGUUAUUGUCCAUUCUUUUUAUGAACAUGAAUUUGUAGUCAGUUGUUCAUAUUACGUCUUAAAAAGGACAAAUAAAUAUGACCAAUAUA